AGUCGUAUGGGCACGGCCGGGGUUAAUUCGGACCUUUAAUUUUGAACAUGUCUAAAGAUGCAGUACUGGCCGUUCCGAACGUAUGGAAACCAGAGCUGUAUAAAAUACAGCUUGACGCACCCACGCCGAAACCUCUGCUAUGCGAGCGAGACGACAUAAUGGGACCCAACCGGUACGGCAAGGAGUAUCACGGCCCGAUGGGUCACAAGGAGUGUGAGCAGAUGCUGAAAGACAAACCGGAUGGUAGUUAUCUGGUUCGACGAAGCCCCGGUGCAGAUAACUACUAUACGCUCAGUCUGCGUUUUGGGCAAACAACGAAACAUUUUAAGAUAUUUUAUUCACCCGAAAAGGGCCACUUUCUGCGGGAGAACUUCAAGAAGUUCGAAACCAUCCAGGAGAUGGUGGCUGAUGGAUUAGUGGAUUUUUACAUGCGCCUGCAUGCGGCCCCAAUUCUGAAGGAAAUGAUGAGUCAGACCAAGAAAUGCUACGAACAGAGUCCCUACAUGACGCUUCAUCGGCGCAAACUACGCUCGUUGUGUAGCGAACUGUGCAAACCGAAUAAACUUCCGAUGGUGCAAGACAGUCUCGAGACGGCCGACACGGAAAUAGCGGACGAACGAGAUACCGGUGAGAUGGGAUUGGAUCAGGUGUCGAACGAUAAAUCAGAUCCGUACGACAAUGCGUAUCCGGAGUACGAAAAACAGCAUGCGUUCAAGACUCACACAUUCAAAGGUUUGAAUUGGUGCGAGUUUUGUGCCAAUUUCCUGUGGGGCUUUGCUUCACAGGGUGUCAAAUGUGAUGACUGUGGUUUCAUGGCUCACUUUAAGUGCUCCGAGCUGGUACCGGCAAAGUGCGUACCCGACCUGAAGCGGUUGCGCGGAAUAUUUGGCGUUGAUUUAACCACCCUGGUAACAGCGCACAAGUGUCGCAUUCCGUUUAUCGUCCAAAAGUGCGUGGAGGAGGUGGAAAACCACGGCAUGCUGCAGGAAGGUAUAUACCGAAUAUCGGGAUUUGCGGAUGAAAUUGAAGCCCUCAAGAUGGCAUUAGACAAGGAUGGCGAGAAGGCGGACGUGUCUGGGCAGGUGUACAGCAAUAUAAAUGUGAUUGCCGGUGUGCUGAAGCUCUACUUAAGGCUACUACCCGUUCCUUUGAUAACGUUUCAAUCAUUCCCACUCUUUAUGGAAUCUAUGCGAGAAAAGUCUAUCGGCGAACAAGUGAUAGCGUUGCGCAACGCCGUUAAAGCAUUACCGCCCGCUCAUCUGCACUGUUUGAAAUACAUUCUGGAGCAUCUGAAUCGAAUUGCUUCUCAUCACACGAUCAACAAAAUGAACGAGCAUAAUUUGGCCACCGUGUUCGCACCGACAUUAAUCGCAACACCUCAGCAUAUGACCGAUCUGUCCCAGGAGAUCGCUAUGCUGGCUGCCUUGAUCAGCCACUGUCAUGCAAUAUUUCUGUAACCUGCAAGCUGUAUAUUGCUCGGUGGAGUUUAACCAAAAAUAAUCUUUUUCUUAAGACACAGAACGAUUGUAUUGCUUGUCCCACCAGCAUCCUGGAGAUAGCUGCAACAGCAUUUGCUUCCUUAUUGUAUUUCUAUUUUCUAUGUUAAUUUAAAUCACAGCCGAACCAUCCAUGGUUUCCAUUUGAUUCCUUACAUAGGUUACAUUAUGUGUUUUGCGUACCUAAUGCUGUAACGACAAUCAGGUGUUUGAGCAAGCUUCUGCAUUUCUAAUUCACGCUAAUAUAUGCCUUUUCAUGACACGUUUUCUGUUCAACAGACAAAUAUUACUCGGUAUUAAAUUCAUUUAGUGGAUAUAUUAAAAAAAUGAAAUAUCUCUAGGAUAAGUUUCGAUAAAUUUGGAACGUAUGAUUGUACGAAUGUAUUUAAACAAAAUGUACUCAACAAUAACACAAAUACCUCCAUAACAAAACGCAAUAAAAGAAAUUUGAAAAUCAGUAACUUGAACGCGCAUAUAGACGAGGUACCGAUGGCUAAAUCGAGUCGCAUUUGUGCCCUAGUCUUAAGUAUUAAGUUAGUUAACUAUUGAUUGCGCCUGUAAAUUGAUCAAUUAUAGUUAAUUAAUGCGUCCCAUAGA